AUGACGGCUGCCAAGCAGGUCACCGGGGAGCAGCAGGUCCGAAGCUUUGUGGCGAUUCCAGCCGGAUGGAACGUGUUUCUCCCCAACUUCGGGCUGCCAAAGCUCUCGCACAGGGCGCCCUUGGACAGGGAGGCAUCCAAUGUGCAGCCUUCCUUCUACGGACGUGUCGUGAUGGAGCCUGGUUCCACAAACGAGACGAGGAGCCUUGCUUGUGGUGAGUUGGCAGCAACUCCGCAGGUUGAGACUUUGGCUCUCUUGGUUGAGCGGGGCCUGUGCACCUUUCGGCAAAAGGCUACAAACGCAUUCAGCGCGGGCUACAAAGCACUUCUUGUUUCCAACACCAUCAGUGGCUUGGCCAAGGUUCCCGACAUGACAGCCGGGAGUGCGGUGGAUGACCGAGCUGUCGAAAUCCCGGCAUGGUCCAUUGAUCUUUCGGAUGGACAGGCGCUGCGGAACUGGAUCUUAGGAGAUGCCAGGCUUGUGAUUCAGGUCAGCGACUCACCAAGACGGCCGAACAUAGGUCCAUUCCAAGAAGAUGUGUUCGGUUUGCGGCAGGUGUUCUCCAAAUGA